AUGAUCGCAAUCGGCUUAGAAGGAAGCGCAAACAAGAUCGGCAUUGGCGUGAUAUCGCAUCUCUCUCCGAAUAAACCGCCUAUAAUCCUCGCAAACCUCCGGCACACGUACGUCUCCCCGCCAGGCGAAGGUUUCCUCCCUAAAGACACCGCGCUACACCACCGAGCAUGGGUAGUACGGUUGAUAAAGCAAGCGGUGCGGCAGGCAGGAGUAAAAGUCGAGGAUAUCGAUUGUAUAUGCUAUACCAAGGGGCCUGGAAUGGGCGCCCCGCUGCAGAGCGUUGCGUUGGCUGCAAGGACAAUUGCGCUGCUUUGGGGGAAGCCGCUUGUUGGAGUGAAUCAUUGCGUUGGGCACAUCGAAAUGGGCCGUGCAAUAACAGGCGCCAACAACCCAGUCGUCCUCUACGUCUCGGGCGGAAACACACAAGUAAUAGCAUAUUCCGCGCAAAGAUACCGCAUAUUCGGAGAGACGCUCGACAUCGCGAUCGGAAACUGCAUCGACCGCUUCGCCCGUACACUCAUGAUUCCGAACGAUCCAUUCCCCGGUUAUAACGUCGAGCAAUUGGCGAAGAAAGGGAAGAACCUAAUAGACCUACCGUACGCCGUGAAAGGCAUGGACGCGAGCUUCUCAGGCAUAUUAGCGGCAGCGGAUUUGCUGGCAAAAGGUCUAGACGAGAGCCUACCAGAUGAAAAGCGACUAAAGACCGAGGACGGGGAGCUCGUAACCAAAGCAGACCUCUGCUUCUCCCUACAAGAAACCAUUUUCGCCAUGUUGGUCGAAAUCACCGAGCGAGCAAUGGCACACGUCGGCUCAUCACAAGUCCUGGUAGUAGGAGGGGUGGGCUCCAACGAACGAUUACAGGAAAUGAUGGGUAUGAUGGCUCGGGAUCGAGGGGGAAGCGUAUUCGCAACGGAUGAGCGGUUUUGCAUCGACAACGGCAUUAUGAUUGCGCAUGCGGGGCUAUUAGAAUACCAGACGGGCGUUACGACGAAGCUGGAGGACAGCACGUGUACGCAGCGGUUUAGGACAGAUGAGGUGUUUGUGGGUUGGAGAGAGUGA